AUGUUCAGAUACCUGCUCGCCCUCGUCCCGGUCCUCCUCUUCUUCGCCGAUCCCAUAGCCCAGUUAUUCUCACCCUCCACACCUCGGAUCCGCCGCCUCCCUCGCCCGCAGCUAAACGAAGACCUCCUAGCCCUUGAGGAACCCUCCAACUACACCUGCCCUCCCAACCCCUACACAGUCCAUGUCGUCUCCCGCGCCCCCUUGGUUCUCUACAUAGAAGACUUCCUCACCCUCGACGAACGACGCCACCUACUAGAGAUAAGCGAACCCCUCUACGCCCCCGCCACCAUCACGCACAACGGCGGCCGGUCCACCGAGCAGCAGCCGCGCGUGCGCGACUCCGAGGUCGCGCUGGUGCCGCGGACCGCCGCCGUGCGGUGCGUCGAGGCCCGCGCCCGCGCCCUGCAGGGCUGGCGCCCGGAAACCUGGCUCGAGCGCCUGCGCGUCCAGCGCUACCGCGCCGGCGGGCACUACGCGCACCACUUUGACUGGAGCUCCGGGAGGGGUGGGUGGGGGAGGGUGAGUAGUUUUAUGGUUUGGGUUGAUGAUGGGGGCGAGUCUGGAGGUGGGGUGAAAGGGGAGGGGGUUGAUGGGGAUGGUGAUGAUGGGGUUGAGGGGGGGAGGGAGAGGGAGAGGUUGGUGGGGGGAGGGACGGAGUUUCCUUUGCUGAGGGGGCUGCGGGAGGAUGAGAGGUGGUGUCGGUUUGUGGAGUGUCCUGAAGAGGAGGAGGGUGAGGAGGAGGGUGAAGGGGAUGGGGGGAAGGGCGUGGUGUUCAAGGUUGCGCCGGGCAAUGCGGUGUAUUGGGAGAACUUCAUGGCGGAUGGGAGCGGGAGAGGGUAUCAAGAGUCGUGGCACGCCGGGCUGCCCGUGACCAAGGGAGUCAAGGUCGGGUUGAAUAUCUGGACUUGGGGUCGGAUUGAGUAA